GACUGGAUAAACCCCAAUCCAAUUUUGGCAAAAACUCUUUGGGGUUUUUAGGAAUCUCUCUGCUGAUCCCUCAGAGGAUUUUUCUCUCAAACCCUUAUGUUCGGAGCCCCUUGUGCCUCUAGCCUCAUUGUCAAAACCUAGGCUUUGUUGCUCUCUUUUGGCAUUUGGGCUUUGGGGUUGGAGAUGGAGGUCUUGUGCUCUAGUAGUGUUGGCAUGGAAAGCCUUCUGAGCUCUGCAAUGGUGGCUUUGUUGGCUGAGAUUUCAACUUCGGUUGUAAAGUCUCUGUCUUGCCUGCUUUUAGUGGUAGGAUCCAGGACAAAUGGAAUUACCAUCGAGUUCCCUAGGGAGCCAAGGCAAAUGGAGAGCCUGACCCUGAGACCAAGGAUGCCAGUGAAAGUGAGGAUGAUGGCGAAGACAAUGAUGGCGAUGAGGAGGAUGAUGGCGGUGAGGAUGAGGAAGACUUUUCUGGUGAAGAGGAGGAUGAUGAGGAUGACAAAGAUUCUGAGGAUGAGCCGGAGGCCAAUGGUGAUGGUGGAAGUGGGGAUGAUGACGAUGAGGAUGAUGACAAUGACGAUGAAGAUGGAGAUGGAGAGGAAGAGGACGAUGAGGAAGGAGAGGAUGAAGAGACUCCCCAGCCACCUUCUAAAAAAAGGAAAUGAUCUUGAAGGGUUUGCACUUGUUUUGCCUUUGCUACAAUGGCUCGGGAAGGUGGAGCUUAGAUUAAGGGUUAGGGUUACAGUUUAGGUGGUGUUGAUGCGAACAUAGGAUUCAUGGUUCAUGUUAAAGUCAUUAAAGUGGUUGAUUAAUUCAAGUCCAGAAUUAAUCAACCGCUUUAAUGACUUGAACAUGAGCCAUGGAUCCUAUGUUCGCAUCAGGUGUGUUUUUCAGUGAGUAGAAAAAUUGCAGAAUUUUGUUGUGCUUGAUAAACUAUAAUCACAAUCAUUUUCUUCUUCUAGGUUUAGCUUAACGAGAUCUAAUUAUGAACUAGAUGCUGACACCAGAGGCAAGAGCAAUGCUAUAAGUUCUCACUUCUUCAGGUGCCUUGCUUAUGGGCAAUGCUAUUUGGUACCAACAAUGCAACAAACGAAACAUGCAAUUUAGCCAA